AUGCCAUAUAAUACCACAGCAAUCCCUCCCAGAAAGGAGGUGACGGGACAAACAUUGCUGCCUUUGACACGAGUCAAGAAGAUCAUUGCCGUCGAUCCAGAUAUCAAUGUCUGCUCCAACAAUGCUGCCUUUGUGAUCACCCUUGCAGCUGAGAUGUUUGUUCAAUAUCUUGCCGCUGAGGCUCAAAAUAUGACGAAACUGGAUCGCAAACCACGCAGAAAUAUCCAGUACAAGGACCUCGCCAAUGCGGUGGCCGCUCAUGACAAUCUCGAAUUUCUCGAGGAUAUCAUCCCCAAGACGGUCCCGUACAAGGAUAUCAAGAUCAAAGCGGCCGCAACUCGUGCAAAGCUCGCCACAGAAAAAAUGGAUGGCAUGGCCGCGGCUGUGGAUGAUCGGUCGACAGACGGCAUGUCCAACGGCAAGAAGCACAAGUCAAUUAUUAACGGCACCACCAAUGGCUACUCAAGGAGUCACGUGUUCUCGCCCGACGCGAGUGACCCUAGCGCUCAACUACAACGGGAGAUGAGACAAGCGCAGCAUUCGCAUGACGGAGACGUAGACAUGACGGGCUAG